CGCGCGGUGUUCGCCGCUUAGUAGUCCGCGAUACGCGCGCCCGAGUCGACGUCCGUCCGCCGAAUGGCUCGUUAAAAUUGUGCGCAAGUGAUAACAUAUUGUGUGUGUGGUAUUUUUUUUUAGAAUUUUCAUUUCCGAUACUCGUAUCGGUUUUUGCCGCCGUUGCUAUAAGUUCGGUUCACGAGUCGCCGACGCGCCGGCGGCGGGCCGUUUUCUUCGGCGUUUUCAACGGUCGUCGCCGUUACGAUUAUGAUGCGCCGACCGACGACGACAGUGACGCACCAGCUACGGACGAGUUCGGCCGGCCGAGCUCGAUGAAGUCCACCGCUUGGAUCCCGGCCGCGGCCGUCAUACUGGUGGCCCUCUGCGCCCCUAGACCAGGACUCUGUGAUCUGACUGGAAGUCCUCCGACCAUAUGGGUGGAUCGGAAUUGGGUGGUCGACUCCACGGCACCCGUCGGCACGGUGGUGGCCCGGGUUCGCGUGUCCGACGUCGGCCACGAGACGGUCUUGGUGUACGGGUUGGAACACUCGACGGGCUUCAACAUCGUCCAAGAGAACGAGGACCCUUUGCCGUUCACCAUCGACGAGAACGGAAGAGUCACCACAAACACGUCCCUGACGAACAAGGAGGGAAAAAACAUUUACCUGUAUGUAACGAUCAAUGACGGACACCUGACGUCCAAAACUCAGGUAUGGGCGAAAGUGGAAGGACCCGGCGGCGGUGGCAGGAAUAAGCCGGGGAGCGGAGGACUUCCGACCAACUUCUUGUCUGGACAAUUCCGACCACCACCCCCGCCGUCAAUACCGAUCAACGGAGCUGGAGGAAGUUUUCCGGGCGUUGUUUUCACGCCCCCUAACAAACUUCUACCCUCCGGACCGGCCAGGACGACGCCGCCCAGGCCAACGAACAAAGUUCCUACAGUGAAGCCGACGACGCCCACAGUCGUUGCCACGAAAAAGACAGUCGCCGCUGACAUACCCGUCGCCGAGGCCUCCACAUCACCGACCGCGGUUGCUAGCACAGUCACCUCAACCGUGGUAACCGAUGCAGCUGUCAAUGUGGUUAACGGCUCAACCACCACUGAGUCGGCGUUCAGCAACGUCACCACCUCAUAGUCGGCGUUCAGCGACGUCACCACCUCGGCCGCUUCCACAGCCCGGCCCGAAGAGACAAGAAACGUAACAGAACCAGCGCUCACCCCUCCUACAGUGACCACCCAGCAACCAGUUCAGAAUAACCUGGUCUUGGCUCUGGUCCCCAUAGUGAUUGCUACCGUAUUCUUAACCACGGCUGGCGUGCUUGCCUGUUUGUUCCGAAAAAGACUGUUUUCCUCCAAAGUCAAGUCUAAAAAAGUCAAUUCAAUUGGAAAAAAGAAGAGCUCUAGAUCGGACGACCCGAUGGUCAUGCACCACUGGAGCGGACCACGGGCUUUCACCAGGUAUGAGAGCUGGGGCUCGGAUCCGUCGACCAAUGGGCAGUACAUCGGUGGCAAGGAAUCGGUGAUCAAAGAAAGCGACCCAUGGGAGAUACCCAGGCACCACGUAAGGGUGUGCUCAAUACUAGGAGAGGGUAGUUUUGGGCAAGUCUGGAAGUGCGAGGCGUACAACAUCAUGGGGUUCAAGGGCAACAUGGUGGUCGCGGUAAAGACGCUCAAGGACAACGCGGGCGAACGCGAACGACUCGACCUGAUACAGGAACUGCAGGUGAUGAAAUCGCUGGAGCCACAUCCGCACGUUGUAAAACUCUUGGGAUGUUGUUCGGAGAGAGAUCCCUUGUUCGUCAUAAUGGAGUACGCGAAAUUGGGCAAACUCCAGAGCGUGUUGCGGAACUCUCGUGGCGUAAACUACUACACGAAUACGCACGGGCCGAGUUCGUUGACGUCGCACGAACUCAUUAUGUUCUGCUAUCAGAUCGCCAAAGGAAUGGACUUCUUGUCGUCGAAAGGGAUCAUACACAGAGACCUGGCGGCUCGGAACAUACUGGUGACGGAGGAACGGGCGUGCAAGAUCUCCGAUUUCGGAUUCGCGCGGGACGUGGCCAGCAGCCGCGUGUACGAGCGCAAGUCGGAGGGCCGCCUGCCCAUCAGGUGGAUGGCGCCGGAGUCGCUGUUCGACAACAUGUACUCGGCCAAGUCGGACGUCUGGUCGUUCGGCGUGCUCAUGUGGGAGAUCGUGACGCUCGGCUCGACGCCGUACCCGGGAGUGGCCGCGGCGGACGUGAUGAAGCGCAUCCGGGACGGUUACCGGCUGGACAAGCCGCAGCACUGCCGGCGCGAGGUGUACAACAUCAUGUUCUACUGCUGGGACAAGUGUCCGGACGACCGGCCCGACUUCGCCGAGCUCAUGGGGCUGCUUGACAAGCUGCUGGUCGACGAGACCGACUACAUACAGCUUGACCGGUUCCCGGACAACGCGUACUACAACAUCACCACCUGCAUAAGUGGCGAGCGCCUGUGACGGAACCCCAGCGCCGUCGCCGACGCCACUUCCGCCCGGAAGUGCAACCGGCUGCAGCGACAACGAUAUUCCGCUGCAGCACGACCACCGUGCAGUCGUUUUCGUUUAUUGUGAUGAUAUUAUAAUAUUGACGUAGGUACUACACGUAUUUCGGUAUAGUCACACGCCUAUAAACGAAAAAAUAUUUAAAAAUCGCUUUCGUAGUGGCUGGUGUAUUAUACAGAUUUUUUUAUACGAUUUUUCGACACAUCCUGCCUGUCCGAUACAUAAUGAAACAAUAAAACUGCGUGUGAUCGCGUUGUGUACGUGAAUAUGUCAGUUGUAUAAUAUUAUUAUUGUAUGUAUUUUUUUUUUUUUUUCAUUGUCUAUAAAAAAAAUAUUAUUACCGCUUAUUGUAUAUACCUAUGUUAAGAAUUUAAAAACUUCGUCAACGUCGUUUAUUUAGUUUUCACGAUGUACCCUAACUUCUUAUUGCUCAUAAUAUGUUAAAAUAAUUUAUUACGUAUUAUACAAAUAUGAUGUUUGAAUAGAUCGAAACGUAUAUUUAUCGUUACGAACACGAAUGUAUAUACAAUGGGUAUUUCGUUGUUUUUUUUUUCGAAAACAAAAUCACUAGUCUUUUUUUAAUUUUUGUACUUACUAUCGCGACUAUAAUAGUACCCUAUUCAUAUUUAUGUGAUGUUUUUCUGCAAGCUUUAUUUAAUAUAAUAUAGGUAUUAUAUGUACGAAUGUUAUAUUAUUCUGUGCGGAUAAUACGAUCAUAUAUAUUAUGUUAUUAUUGUAGCAUUAUAACAAUGUAUUUAGAACCGAAAACGUAUUUAUGCAUAGUAUUGUAUCUAUAAAUUAUAAUAUAAUAUAUAGUUGCAAGUA